AUGGUUGAUAUCCACCUCCUACCAGAUGUUGUUCAUGGUGGUGUGGACCUGACCAACUCGUGGUUUUGUUUUCUGGUUGAGUAUUUAGACACAGUGAUCGCACACUACACCCUGCUCAAUCAUGCAAACUACGCAUUUUCGAUGCAAGUCAUAUCAUACUGGGCGGUCGCCGCCUUGGGCGUUCUACAGGUACAUGCUCAGGACAUUCAAAGUGGUUUGGGCAAAUACUUUGUCAAAAAGCCUCCUCUCGAUACACCUUGGACUUCUGAGGUCGGCACGAGACCUUGGCCAGAGUACCCGCGACCUCAGCUUCGGCGACACGAGUGGAAGAAUUUGAAUGGCAUCUGGAGGUAUAUGGAUGCCCGCGGAAAUGAUGCAUUCACUGGCAUGGUACCUACAUGGGAAAACCUCGAUCAGGAGGUGCUUGUUCCUUCAUGCCUCGAGAGCGGGCUUUCAGGUAUUCAAGCCAAGGACGCCAGGUAUUCGUGGUAUUCCCUCAAGUUCCAGAUGCCUGGACACUGGUCAGACCGUGUACUGCUCAACUUCGGUGCUGUAGACUAUGAAGCUACCAUUUAUAUCGACAGCGCUAUGGUGGGUGUCCACCGGGGUGGCUACACAAGCUUCACCCUGGAUAUUACGAAUUUUGUGGAGGCCGGCAACGACCAUGAGCUAGCUGUCUACGUCCACGACCCUACCGAUGCAGAGGGCUACAAUGUCCCAAUCGGCAAGCAGACCCGAAAUCCAUCGCACAUCUUUUACACACCAUGUAGUGGCAUUUGGCAGAGUGUUUGGCUUGAAUCCGUACCCCAAAGCUACAUCACCCGGCUCGACGUGUAUGGUGCGAUGGAUGGCAAAGUCACUGUGAAAGUCUCCACCAACGACAACAGCUCAAGCCCUUACCUCCUUACCAUCUACAAGGAUGGCCCUAAGCAAAUCGCCCGCACGGGUAUCCCGAACACCGAACACACCUUGUAUCUACCAAAUCCCCGUCUCUGGUCCCCAGACUCUCCAGAGUUGUACGACAUCACAAUCAAGUACGGCGAUGAUUUUGUAACUAGCUACAUGGGAUUCCGUACGAUCGAGGUUGGAAAGGUAAACGGCGUUCAGCGUCCACUACUAAAUGGCAAAUUCGUCUUUCAAAUGGGCACACUCGACCAAGGCUAUUGGCCUGACGGAAUAUAUACCCCUCCCACCCGAGAGGCCAUGCUCUACGACCUUGAGCUCCUCAAAGAGUACGGCUUCAACAUGGUACGCAAGCACAUGAAAGUUGAAAACGCUCUGUACUACCAAGCAUGUGAUGUUCUCGGCAUUAUGGUCGUUCAAGACAUGCCUUCUAUGCGCCCUGCGCAUAACGUCCAGCCGAGUGAUGAGGACGAAGCCGAGUUUGGCCGUCAGCUGGAGGAGAUGGUGCAACAGCACUUAAGCUACCCAAGUAUCGUCACCUGGACCAUCUACAACGAAGGCUGGGGCCAGCGUGACGGUUCUCCAGAGAUCGCCCACACCGAAACCGUCAGACGCACCGAUCCUACGCGUCUGAUCGAUUCGACCUCCGGUUGGCACGACCACGGUGCAGGCGAUUUCUCGUCCAACCACCACUACCCCAGCCCCGAAUGUGGUACCGCAAACCUGGCGCAAGGCAUUUCCAAGGCGUAUGACCCGAAGCGCAUCGGCUUCCAGAGCGAGUUUGGCGGUCUCGGGACCAACCUCAGCAUCGAGAACCUCUGGAACGACGCCAGAGCCAUCGCGAGCAUCGACGAGACGUACGCGGUCUACGAUGACUUCCGCACCUGGAACGAGAAAUCCCACAAGUUCCUGAGGAUGCUGCGGGACCAGGUGGAGAAGGACGCGUGCAGUGGCGCGGUCUGGACGCAGACCACAGAUGUCGAGGGUGAGGUCAACGGUCUGAUGAGCUACGACAGGAGAACGGUCAGAUCGAAGAUGGCGCUACACCAGUGGAAGAUAGACAUCCAAGCGCUGUAUUACGCAGCUGGGAAGAGAAGUGAUGGGGACGUGGGCGCAGAGAUGGCGGGGAGGUAA